UCUGGGACCUAAAAAAGUGGUGGUACUGGCAGGAUACAGGACAGUGAAGGAGGCACUUGUUGAUUGCAUGUUUGCAUGUGAAGACAAGAUUAUUGAGGAAUGUCAAUACCUAUUGAUAUUUUCAAGAAAUCUAAAGAAGAGGUCCAGGAGGAGCUGAGGAGGGUCAUAGAAGACCAACAGAGGAGUGGGAGAGGCCACGCAGCUUUUAUCCUGCUCACUUCCUGGACAAAGAAAAAAAGUUUGUUAAGUCGCAGGGUUUGCCUCGGAGAGAGUCUGGCCAGGAUGGAGCUCUUCCUCUUCUUCAGCACCCUCCUGCAGCAUUUUCAUUUCGCUCCUGCACCUGGAGUUUCAGAGGACGAAUUGGAUCUCACGCCAAGUGUGGGCGCUACUCUCGGACCUUCACCUCACAAACUGUAUGCUGUUUCCUGUAUGUGAUGGAGAGAAAUUCUUGACAAAAGUUGUCCUAGCCUGUACAAAGAACUGAAUCAUCUGGGUGUAAUCUUUUUUUUCCUUCUGUUUUUUUUUCUUUCUACUAAACAAUAAGAGUAAUUUGCCAUAGAAAUGUACGCCAGAAUCAUCAGUACUGAUGUUUUCUUGGAUGUGUGUGUAAAAGAAUUUGUUUUUGUUUUUUAUUAGUUAGACAAAAGAUGGAUCAUGUAUGGAUACAAAAAAAUGGUUUUUAUUUUCUUUUUUUGUUUUGUUCUGUCUUGUUAUUUCUCCCCAUGGAUGAUUUAUCUCUCCUUAGAACAGCAGCAUAUGUCCAUAUUUUCACAGACAUCGGAAGACCAAAUGUUGCUGUUCUUAGGUAUUUAAGAAAUAUGGAUCCGUUAUCACAGUCUAUCUGGGACCUAAAAUAGUGGUGGUUUUGCAGAAUUCAAGACUGUGAAGGACACACUUGUUGGUUAUGAAAUAGUCUUUGGAAAUAAAAUAAUUGCAUUUUGAAAAAGAAUUUAGACAAGGGCGUGGUAAGAAAAGAAAACUAUCAAAAUAAGGAUCCAUCGUCCCAACUGUGUUAUUUAAAAUACUUUCUGAGCGUUUCUCCUCAGGGGUUUCACUGUGACUGUGGCUAUAUGUAAUCAUUUCUCAUGGCUUUUUUUGGUCUAAAAGUGAUUCAUGAAUGGAAAUGAGACUCUUUGCAUUUACUAAUGUGAGAGACUUCCGGAUGGAGAGCUUGUGACAGAACAAUGUCAAUAACAGAAGUAUGUCAAUACCUCAUGUUUACGUCUAAAGGUACAGUUUAGUUUAUUUAAACUGGGAUGAACUAGUACUGCAUUACCUGAAAUGCUACCUAAAUUUUUCACAAUUUGAAUUCUCUUUUUGGUCAUAGAAGUGGCAGUUUAUACAAAGUUGUCCUACCCUGUUGCCUUGAUUUAAAAUUUAGCCUAAUUUUAUUCAAAUUAGUGUCUCCCCAGCCUGUCAUGUAGUUCUCGUCUGCAUGUUUCAUGUUAUCGAGCUUUUGUUAG